AUGUCCUCUGGAGGAUACUUCGCGCCCUACCCCGCCCGCAGAGAAGACUUCAGCGGUACCGCGGACGAACAAUUCUACGCAGACAGGCAUUACUACCUAGAAUCACUGCAGCAAGGACUCGCAAACGCACGCGCGAGCCAGCAAGAGAAGUCCCGAGCACUCGCAUACUGGAACAGCGCGUGCAAUACGAUUCAGAGGGUUGGAGUGUCGACGAAGGAGGCGGCGAGUGUGGCAUACAAGGCCGCCGAGACGUGGGGCAAGAAUCACCCUGUGGCCAUGGCGGUGGGUGGGCUUGCGGCGAGCACGGGUGUGGGUUAUGCUGCGUCCAAGGCGUAG